CCCUCGCGCCGUCAACAACUGGAUCCCAGCUAUUUGUAUUUUCACUGCUAGCCUGCUAACGAUGAUUCAUAGCGCCCGUAAAAAAACGAGUUAGCCACUCUGGAUGGAUGUUUAUUCAUUUCUGUUUGCCUGAAGCAUCCUCCAUCGACAGCUCGUGCCGAUGUGCAGUCAGUGCGCGCGGAAGGACCGAGCAGAGCGGAGAGAUCGCCGUGCACAUCGUCCGUUAGCCGCCUGUGAGACCAGCUAACACUGCUAGCACCGUAAUACAGAGCUCGUUAGCUGGCUGGCUGACAGCUGGUGCGGUUAGCUACGUGCCUUCAACAGUAGCGUAGCUGAGAUUUACUCCCCGGAACAAUGAAUUGUCUCUGACAUUGAGAGGACUGAGGCCCAGUUGGUUGUCACAUUGGAGUAACCAGAGCCCAGAACUAGCAACGGUGGGUCCUGGUUGACUUUACGGUGGUGCCAUUGAAGAUAAGGGGGUGAGCCGUCAGUCAGUUUGCCCAUGCACUCCUGGUUUUGACCUGCUACAGCUGCCAAUAUGAUGCCGAUGAUAUUGACGGUGUACCUCAGCGAUGGGGAACAGGCCGUGACUGAGGUGCCCAUCACCCCUGAGACGACAUGCCGCGAUGUCGUCGAGUUCUGCAAAGAGCCCGGCGAGACCGGCUGCCACCUGGCUGAGGUCUGGAGAGGCAACGAGCGAGCGAUCCCCUUCGAGCACAUGAUGUAUGAACAUCUGCAGAAAUGGGGGCCUCGGAAACAAGAAGUCAAGUUCUUCCUCCGGCAUGAAGAUUCACCAACUGAGAGCAGCGAUCAAGGGAGUCAGCAGUCUCAGGAUCAGACGAGUCGCAGAAGUGGAAACACUGGAGAGAAGCACAAUGAGAACGGGGUGGGGAAUCAGCGUGUGGAGCUCACGCUGUCAGAGCUGCAGGAGAUGGCCACGCGGCAGCAGCAGCAAAUCGAGGCUCAGCAGCAGAUGCUCGUCGCAAAGGAGCAACGGUUGCGUUACUUGAAGCAGCAGGAGCGGCGUCAGCAGCAGAGCGUUUCUGAGAGUGAGAAGCUGCAGAGGCUGAAGGAGCGCGUGGAGAGCCAGGAGGCGAAGCUCAAGAAGAUUCGGGCGAUGAGAGGGCAGGUGGACUACAGCAAGGUCAUCAAUGGCAACCUGUCGGCAGAGAUCGAGCAAGUCAGCGGCCUGUUCCAGGAGAAGCAGGCCGAGUUACAGUCAGCAGUGUUGAGGGUGGAGCAGCUCAGCCUGCAGCUGGAGGACCUGCGGAGGGGAAAACUCAACGGCAUACAGACCGCUCUGGGUGGCCAAGUAACCGGUGCUGCAGCCCUAGAGCUUCGUAAACUCUACCAAGAGCUUCAGAUUAGGAACAAGUUGAACCAGGAGCAAAACAGCAAGCUGCAGCAACAGAAGGAGCUUCUCAACAAACGCAACAUGGAGGUGACGCUCAUGGACAAACGCAUCAGCGAGCUGCGGGAGCGCCUCUACAAGAAAAAAGCUGAGGCACGUCAAAAAGAAAACCUUCCUCUGAACAGAGCCAACGGGCCUCCCUCUCCUCAGCCAGCUCCUGGUACUCUGGGCCGUGUUGCUGCUGUGGGGCCAUACAUCCAGGUCCCUGUACCAGGCCGACAGGAAGGCUACACCAUACCACCUGAUCCACUGAAGCCUCAGACUUUGGGUGUUAAUAACCAAGCCAACCAGGCCCGCACCACCAAGUCAGACGGUGUGCGAAAGCCUCCCGGCCCUUGGAAAGUGUCAGAUUUAGACAUCGUUGUGGACCCGGUACCCCCGUCCCUUCCAGAAUCACACCCAGGCACCGGAGCCUCCACUGGCUCCGACAGCACGUCCCCUAAUGAUACUGGUUGGCCUACUUUAGGCAAGACCAGCACAUCGCUAAAGCCUCCUGAGAGACGAGACUCAGGGACUGAUACCCAGGGCAAGAGCCCUCCCUCAGGCUCCCCCAUCGCUCCAAGUGCAGAAAAGGUGCUAGACUCCAAAAUGGUCGUGUCCUCCCCAGCCAUAUCCAAGCCACAGCCGCCUCCCUAUGGCUCCCACCUCACCUCCGCAACCUCGGCCAGCUCUUUGGAGCGGCGCAAGGAUGCGCCUCCUCCACCUCGCCCGCUUCCAAACCCACCAGCUCCUGUGUGGCCCCGCGUCCCCCCGUCCACAGGCUCGUCCUCCCAGCAGAUCCAGCAGCGAAUCUCGGUGCCGCCAAGUCCCACCUUCCAGCCUAAUGCACCGCUUUUCCCUCCUGGGCUGAGCGAGCGACUGGAUCCCCCACCAGCUGUGGCAGUACGCCCUUUUAUGCCAGACAGAGGAUCGCGGCCUCAGUCGCCUCGAAAGGGCCCGCCUACAGUGAACUCCAGCUCCAUCUAUCACAUGUACCUCCAGCAGGCAGCGCCAAAGAGCCAGCCACUCAAGCCUGCUCUCAAAGCAGUAUAUGGGAAGCCUGUUCUCCCGCCCAGCUCGACACCUCCCUCGCCUCUGCCUUUUGUCCAGGCAGGAGGGGCCUUCCCAUUGCUCCAAGGCCACUCCGGUGGUGAGGACACUUUGGACGGAGAGUUUGAUGAUCAUGAGUUCUUCCAGCACCCGGAGCCUUUAGCGCCUCCUCCCAGCGUGGAGAAUAUCCCACGACCACUCAGCCCUACUAAGCUUACACCCAUGGUACACUCCCCGCUGCGCUACCAAAGUGACGCCGAUCUGGAAGUGCUCCGGAAAAAGCUGGCCAACGCUCCAAGACCGCUCAAGAAGCGCAGCUCCAUCACAGAACCAGAGGGCCCCAGCGGACCCAACAUCCAGAAACUGCUCUACCAGAGAUUCAACACUCUCGCAGGAGGCAUUGAGGGGAAUGGAGUCAGUGGAUCAGGGGGCGGCAACGGUGCAGGAAAUGGAACACCAUUUUAUCAGCCCACCAAUCCUCCUGCAUAUCUGGGAGGCGACGCUGCGGCCGAUACAGACAAUGGGAACCUCCCCUCUGAGACGCCGCUACCACCACCACCAGGGGCAGAGGAGGCAGGCUCUGAGGCUCCACCUCCAUCUACCGACGCUAAUGACAACGAUCCACUGCCCUCGCCACCAGAGCUGGAUCCCGCUGAAGCAGAUGAAGCAGAGGACGACAACAAUAACAACGUGGGAGGCUCUGAGGCGUCGUUGCCCAGCCCUGUGCUAGAGGUGACCACUCCAGAAGAGACCGGCACAGCGGCCUCACAGCCCCUGGAGAAGCGCACAAACCUAAAGAAGCCAAACUCUGAGCGCACUGGUCACGGCUUCAGGGUGAAGUUCAACCCUCUGGCCCUCCUGCUGGAUGCCUCACUGGAGGGAGAGUUUGACCUCGUCCAGAGGAUCAUCUAUGAGGUAUGCAAUAACUCUGUGGAGAAUCCCAGCACUCCCAAUGACGAGGGCAUCACGCCCCUCCACAAUGCAGUGUGUGCGGGACAUCACCACAUAGUCAAGUUCCUGCUGGAUUUCGGUGUGAACGUUAACGCUGCCGACAGUGAUGGAUGGACUCCACUUCACUGUGCCGCGUCCUGCAACAGCGUUCAUCUCUGCAAGUUGCUGGUGGAGUCAGGGGCCGCCAUCUUUGCCAGCACCAUUAGUGAUGUGGAGACUGCUGCAGAUAAAUGCGAGGAAAUGGAAGAGGGUUACAUCCAGUGCUCCCAGUUUCUAUACGGUGUUCAAGAGAAGUUGGGCGUAAUGAACAAGGGGACAGUGUACGCUCUGUGGGAUUACAAACCCCAGAACCAAGACGAGCUGGCGUUCGGCGAGGGGGACGCCAUCACCAUCCUGCGACGACAGGACGACAGUGAAACAGAGUGGUGGUGGGCGCGACUGGAAGACAACGAGGGCUAUGUGCCCCGCAACCUGCUGGGGCUCUAUCCUAGGAUCAAGCCUCGUCAGCGCUCGCUGGCAUAGUGUCUCACUCCGCUGACCUCUGGCGAACAGCUGGACUAGUGACAAAACCAAGAGCAGAGAACAAAGGAGCCUGGUGCUCUGUCUCUUCUCCCCGUGGCCAUAACCUCCCCCCGGCCUUGUGCUUCUCACAAAUUCCUUUUUCUCUGAAGCAGCAGGCACCGAACUCUGACACACAUAUUUACAUCUGCACACACACAUAGACGCACACGCAAUGAAACACAAGCACUCCAAAUGCGAAGAUCUCUUAAACCACCCCAUCCUAACCCCCUUCCCCUCCUCUCCCCACUCUAUCAUUGUCCCAACUUGAUUUUACCCCGACUCAGUGUCAGCUCUGUAUCAGACAUCAACUUGAAGAAUAAAACACUAACCCUUGUCUCAGUAUUUCUCGCAGUGUUCACACUUCUUCAGCCAUGACUUCUAUGGUGGCACUGGUUUACACAACACUACACGGUGACUGGAAAAUCCUCUCUAAUGGUGAGACGUUGCUGAUUUUUGUUAGUGAAAUGUAAUUUUAGUUGUAAGACAUUAUAUGUUUUUUUAAUGCCAAUUUGAUCCCCUUGCACAGAAAGCAGAAAAUCUGCCCUGUGUUUGAUUUUUCUGUAGUCUAACCACCAAAGAUGAAUAUAGAUUUAAAAACUUAAACUCUAUGACUCCUUGCAGAAUAGCAGAGGAGUGAGAUAAUCAGUUGAUUUGCUGCUACCAGUAACAACUCCCAGGAGUUGGUUUGAAGUCCUUUUAGAUAUUCUCAGAAGAGGAAAAUAGAAAAUGUAAUUGUAAAUUCUCCAUUUUAACUACACAGGCCAGUCAGAACAAAUCCAGCAUGUUGAAGCAAAGAUGAAUAAAGACAGAUGGCUCACAAAUGUUCUUGAAUCACAUUUCAAGAACGUCAUUGCAAGACUUGUUUUUUCAUUCAGUGACCACAUUUACAUGCGCAAAAUAUUCUGGUGUUUGUCCUUACUCUGAAAAAAAAAACAGUAUUCCCCUUUAGGAGUUUAUAUGGCUAAUGAAAAGGUAUAUUCCACUAAUAAUCCUGUUUACAUGCAGCAGUGCAUACUUCAAUUAACGUGCCCUAAAAUGGCUUUGAUCAUGUCAAAAUAUGGAAAAGAGGAAUGACUAGAAACCCUGGUGCCAUUUUGCUUCUAUGCCAUCAGUGGCAGACUUAAUCAACCAAACACAACCUCCCUCAUUUAGUCCCUCAGCCACCCUCUUAAAAAGGUCAGCGUUGACUGAGAGUGAUAGAGAAGGUGGAAGGUGGACUAUUGCAUGCAAUGUUUCUGUAAGUUCUUAAUAACUGAGAAUGCUGCAAGUCUGGCUGCAUUACUUGAUCCAAAGUUAGCGUGUCAUUACACAUGCUAGCAGCAGGUAACAGUCCACAUUUCAUAAUUUCGUCAUCUGUUAGUACUUCUUGUCGGUCAGCCAGUUAAAUUGCUUGAAGCGGGGGUCAGUGACUGUAAGAAAGACACUGACCUCAUCUUUGUUUGACACUCGCCACCUCCUUUAAUUUCCUCCACCAGUUUACUGAUUUGGAUGUAAGUUACUAUAGCAACAAUUGACUGUUCAAAGCAUUCGGGUCAGUACAAACUGUGACGCACAUUCUGAAUUUGUUGUAUAUGUGUC